UUUUUUCAUCUCUAUUGCAUGCAUGUUUGUUCGAUCAAGGCGUCACUUCCCUUUGAUUGAAAGCGCUCGCACUUUAACUCCUCCUUCUCGCCGAGCAGCUUCGGUCACGUAGCAAGAUCCCAGCCAAUCAGCUUCGCUAAAACCGUACCACCGACAGUAGUUCCAUAGCAACGCUGGAAAAAAGUGAUGACGUUUAGGCUGAAAAUUGAGUAUUAUGGUCUGCCUGGACUUAGCCGUGAAUGUGGAGAGAAAAAAUAUAAGCGAGAUUGAAGUAAACAUGGAGCUGUCGGCUGUGGGAGAGAGAGUUUUUGCUGCCGAAUCCAUCAUAAAACGCAGAAUUAGGAGGGGGCGAAUGGAGUACCUGGUGAAAUGGAAAGGUUGGUCUCAAAAGUAUAGCACCUGGGAACCUGAGGAAAACAUCCUGGAUGAGCGUCUUUUAGCAGCUUUCAAGGAGAGGGAGCGAGAGAGGGAACUGUUCGGGCCAAAGAAAAGAGGACCUAAACCGGAGACAUUUCUGCUGAAGGCUCAGGCUAAAGCUCAAGCCAAAACCUAUGAAUUCAGGAGCGAUAUGGCUCGAGGCAUCCGGGUUUCAUUCCCGGUCCCAGAACCCAUCAUUACCCCGCGAGCUCGCGAGGGUUUACGGACCGUCGUGCCGACGAUAUUCCCCCCAAGCACUGUCAACCGAGGGGAGAGUGUCCGGGUCAGACCUCCGGAACCGGACAGGGGACAUCGCACCUCUGGAUCGCCUAGACCGCUUGCGGAGGGAUUCGUUGCUGUCCCAAAGAAGAGGGGACGAAAACCCAAGUUACGGUUCGUGGAGGGUCCUGACAGCAGCGCGUCGCCGGUGCCUGCCAAGAGGAAUAGAAUGGAGGAGCAGAUGGCGUAUAACCCGGCCAAAGUAGGAAAGCACAGUGUUCCUGAAGGGCAGAAGUCAGAGCUGCAUGGUCUCCAGUUAAAUCGGAGACUCCAAAGGGAUUCUGGUUAUCCUCAAACGCAAGCAGCAGCGGUACCGAGCGGCAGCAUGUUUAAAUACUGCUCCGAGGUCACUUCCCAUAAAGGGGGUUUCCACCUGCCAGCCUGCAGGACUAAAGAGUGCACAGGUGCCAUUCCCACACAGCAGCCAAGACUGAAGCACCUGUCGAAAAAUAAUUUAUAUGAACCCAACAGCCCUUCAGAAAGUGAGCUGCCGGACCCCGGCACCAAAUCUCCCGUAUCCAGGGUUUUUGAGGCGGCUGUGGAAGAAUGCUGGAGUCCCUGUCCCACCAAGGUGGAGAAGGUGGUGGUGACGGAUGUCACUGCCAACUUUUUGACUGUGACCAUUAAGGAGAGCAGCACAGACAAAGGUUUCUUUAAAGAUAAAAGAUGACUGAUGUAAUCUAUUUUGAUUAUUGUUUUAAAAAAAAAAGAGAGAAAAACUUCUACAGAGUAAUUAUUUCGAAGUGAUGUGUCAUUUGGAAUUAAUUUUGUAUAAGUGUACAGACGCAGCGCGAGUUAUGUGAAUUUAAAUAUGUAAAUGUAGGACAUGUAUUUAAUUAAAUGACCAAAUUAAAUGUCCAUACCUAGGCGAAAUGUACUGCGAAUACCGGUUUUUCGUUGUAGGGUUGCAUGUACCUUACUCUUUUAGCGAUGUGCGAAACUGUAAGUGUGCGCAAAGAACGUUUUAUCCACUGUAGCAAUAUAAGUUGUUUAAAUAUAUAUUUUGACUUGCAAUUAGUAGGUUAUACUGAACUCCAACCUCUCCACACCAUUUACAUAUUUGCUUACAAGGCGCUUCUCAUAACUCACUGUUUUUGUACAUGUAAGCACCAAAGGGCCAUUGCAAUGAUUUCAUUUUGAGAGAACUAAAAUCGCCUUGUUUCCGAUAAGUAUUCAUCUGUUCGAAUAUGCCUGUCACAAUCGUUCGCGGUGCAUUUCGCAGCAAAUAUUCGGGCAGACAAUUUUCUUGUGCGAACCGUUGCGGAAGUAAUAAUAAUCCACACUAGGAUGGGUGGAAGCAGUUGCCAAAAAUGUGGUACUAACAGCUGACAAGACUAUGACAGUAUUCGUGCUACAGUCUUAGUAUGUUGCCAGUUACCUGAAAACUGGCUGCCUUGAUCCUCCCGGGAAAACGUAAAGGUCGCCGUAUCUGACCCCAAUGUACAAAGUAGUUACUAAAGAUGGAUGUAUUAAUGUAAUUGUAGUGAGAUCGUGAGAGAAACUGACGGCUUACGUCUAUAGCUCGCCCUCCUGCUGUCUUAAUACUAACUUCUGACAGAUUAUUCGACGAAUUGAUAGCACGCUGGAAUCUUAUCGAGUUAUGUCGCGAAAUAGCUGUUAAUAUUUAGUAUUUUUAUUGAGUCUGGGUUGGUCGUAAAUUUAUAUAGCCGUUUGGAUCGAUGGUGACCGAUAAAUUAGAUAGUUGAAAAUUUUGAUUUGAUUUGAUUAAUUCUUUUAAAAUUAACAUUUGCUAUAAAGGACAUAUAAGUUGACCCCAGUUUUUGGUAUUUUUCCUCCAUCCAAGUAUGUCAUAAUGACAGAUUCCUGGACUUGUUUACAUAUCACCAAUUACAUUUUACGGCCUUUGGUACUCAUGGUUUUUCUAUUGAACAUAUUAAUAGAUUUCUUACUCCGUUUUGCUUAUGAUUUUUGUCCGUAAGCCCUAUUUCUAACACACGUAUCAUGGCGUUGGAUGGUUGUAUUUCCUGCUCGACUCACUGCACUUAAAACAUUAAUAAUUUAACAAUUACGGUGUAUAAUGGUAUUUCGGUUUUCCUGAUAUUAAAAUAAAGUUGACGAAACAGA